GCUUCUUGGUAAAGAGCCGAAUUUAUGCAACCGAAAUACAAAAAUAAUACAAUACUGUUUUUCGGUCGUGCCGUUCAGUGCAUACUCGUGACCCGAUAUUGUCGCACUAUCGGAUCGGUUCGUGCGGUUAACGGGAUGUGUGACAGAUUAGUUUUAGUUUUCGCCACGGCGAUUGCAGCAAGCUUGGUCAGCGGUUCAGCAGCUAAAUUAGCACCUGAUUUCAUCCAUCCGUGCAACGAUACCACACCAGCAUGUCUAAUACAAGCCACAAAAGACGCUAUACCGGAGUUCUCGAAAGGUCUACCUCAUCUUGGGGUGCCAUCACUUGAUCCGUUUAUCAUUGAGGAGCUACCUAUUCAAUUACCAGGAAUCAAAGUCACUUUCUAUGGUGGAAAAGCGACGGGUUUGAGGAAUUGCGAAGUUUUGAAUGUCGAAGCUUACCUUGAGAAGAACGUUUUCAAAAUAGAAGUUCGCUGCAACAUCACCAUCAAGGGGAAAUAUACAGCAGUAGGAAGAUUGUUGUUAUUCCCUAUUAACGGCGAGGGUGACUCUAAGAUUAAAAUAGUGAACUCUGUAAUCAAGCUGAACAUUCACACCAAAUAUUACAAAGAUUCAAAUGGCCGUGAUCAUUUCGGCAUCAAAAACUAUAAAUUUAACUUUGAUUAUGGCGAAAGGAUACAUUACACCAUUACGAAUCUUUUCAAAGGAAACCCAGAAUUGAGUAAUACGGUACUCCAAUUCCUGAACGAAAACUGGCGGGUGGUCACGGAAGAAUUCGGUCAGCCGGUCGUGGAUUACGCCCUGAACGUAACAGUAAAUACGGCAAAGAAAUUCUUCGACGCCGUUCCUUACGACGAGCUAUUGAACGUGCCUAUCCCAAAAUAUUAGUUGUGAUAUUCAUAAAUAGAAGGCUGAAUAUUUUGUAACAAUUUUGCAUUAUUUUUGGGGCUUACUUAAUCAUAAUAAUUUUAGUAUACUUUUAAGUGUAAAUACUAAGCUUUAAGCGGGCGUGAAGUGAAGCAUAGGCUAGGAGAGAAUGCGAUGGCAACUAGACGCGAUCACCAUGAACGUUUUCCAUCCCACCUAUUAAAUAAUAAUGAUACAGAUGAAUUUCUAAAGCCUAAAUUAGUGUCGUGCUUAGUAUUGUCAUUAGCGGGGACCUCUUAUGAGUACGCACGGGUAGGUACCACGCUACCUAUUUUUGCCGUGAAGCAGUAAUGCGUUUCGGCUUGAAGGGUGGGCCAGCCGUUGUGACUAU